GCGAAGGGAGACGUUCGUGUGCUUGUUUCGAAUCGUGAACCCGAUGGCGAUGCGUUUGAUGGUCCACUCGGCGGCGACGGUGGCGCGACCGCCGCUCUUCCUGUGCGAUCCGUGGUGGGGCGCGAGGAUGCACGUGGCCACGAUGGUGGGCGCGGAGAUAUUCCGCGUGCGGUACGAGAGACUCGUCGUCCUUGAGGUUGCCCACGCAAUCGCCUCGGGGAUGUACGACCACAUCUCUCCCAAGUCUCUGUGCGUCGGUCCGACGGCUGCGGUUGAGCGCGACUUGCUCACCGUGUUUCGCGUCGUCGGGCUCAUCGUCCCGCUCGUGAUGUGGACGUACGCGAGGGAGGCGCAGUUCCGACGGUUCCCGAAGGUUUGGGACAAGGUGGUGAAGAAGAUGGUCUGACCCGCCGCCGGUUGCCCCGUGUAUAAAUUGUGAAAUGAUGAAAGUGUC